AUCCGAACGAAUUUGCGCCCUCUCUUAGCUUAGAAGCGAUUUUAAGGAAACCGAUCCAAAACAAAACAAACGAUCGCUAAACCAAUUUGCGAAUUUCGAACGGUGCGUAAUUUUGCGUAGAAAUGCGCUAAUCGCAACGUAAAACGAGUGCUGUAUGUAUCGCGGGUUUUCCGCUGCCGAUUAGACGAAUUUUCUUUAAGGAAAAGGUAAAUCUUCGAGUGAGUCGGAUUCGAAACUUCAGUUGGUCGGUAGUUUUAUUGAUGUUUUUGUUAAUCAUUGGUGGGUGUGUAACUGGUCAACGCAACACACAAGUUUGCCGCAGGAAAAGAGUGCAACUUCGAAGAAAAUCAAAAUGAAGGCGUCUGUCUCCAUGGAAUUUUCUUAGCGCCGGUGUUUUAUGACUGUUAAGCUUCAACAAUCCCAUCGACAGAAUUGAAAGAUAUCAAUUAAUCAACAAGGAUUUUAUAAAAAUCAGUAUCACAUAAGUGUUUCAAAGGAUCCGAAAAGUUUUAUAAAUGUUUUCAAAACAAGUGUGCUCAACGUUAACGCUAUCCAUCGUACAACGAAAUCAUGUGUCUUCAAUGUAGAUCAUCCAAUUGGAAUUUUUAAAAUGAAUAAUUGUUCGUAUAUGAAUGAAAAAUAUUGAUCCCUGCUAAUGGAUUGAUAAAGUGUCUCAAAUGCUCAAUCAUGUGCCAUUGUUUACAUCAAGUGUAGUGUAGAUUUUCUCACCAUCGAAUUGUUAAAGUUAAGGUUGUGGCGGGAGUCUUAAAAAACCAGAAUCAAUUGUCCUAAAUUUGAUAGAAAAUAAAAACCUACCAAACAGUGCUAUGGAGUUCAGUUUCCGGCGAGUUUCGGUUUUAAGUUUGUUUUCUUUUUGUUUUGGUUUGGCGAGCAAUUUGCCUCGCAACCACUUUAAAAAUGCUCGCUAUGCGUCGCGAAAGUGAGCCGAUUUACAGCGGUGUCAACAAUACCAAUAGUAGUGCAAUCAGUGGAAAUAGUAUUGGCAGCUGCAACAAUUCCAACAUUAACAACGGUUCCAAUGUUUACAACACAAGUUCAAUUUUGGCUCCAAGUGUAGUCAACGGAAUCAACGGAAUCGGAUCAAGUGUUGGGGGUGGUCUAAGCAACAGUGCAUUGGCAUCGCAUUUGGGUAGUUCUGGCAACAUUACAGCGGGAAGUGUUAACGGUGUUAGUGUCAAUUCGAGUUCGAUCAGUGCAAUUAGUGAAGCGUCAAACUCAACUACAGGUGCUCUAAGUGCUUCCGGUAGUGCCGCUGGUAACAACUCAACGGUACAAUCUCAGCUGGGUAGUUCUUAUCUGCCCCAUCAUCCUCACCACCACCUAUACCAUCAGCAAGGGCAACCGCAUCUCUCGCACCAUCACCAUCAUCAUCACCAUCACCUGUCGGUGCCGGGACACUCUUACAACGGUAUUGGGGUGGUGACAACUACAACUUCCGCUUCCACACCCGGAUACGGAAGUUACGCCAACGGAAGUUACGGAUCGACAGCCCUCAACCGUUCGCUCCCAAAUGCCAAUCUAGACGAGUAUGUUGACAUUCUCCAGGUGCAACAAUUAUUGUUAGAAAACUCCUCGACGAACUCAUCUGCGGGAGCUGUCGUCCCAAGCAGCACCGGCAACUCAUCGUUGGCAACAACGACGACGCCGACGACCGCAACGACAAACAAUAAUAACGGCCAGGGUGCUGCCACUUCCGCCGGAACAUCCACCUCCACGACAGCCACCCCUUCCGUAUCGGUGCCAUUGUGUUCUUCGUCGUUGGCCAGUGGGACAACCGGAUCCUAUUCACUGGCCACUAACGGCUCCUCCAAAAGUCGGCCCAAAGUUAAUCUGCAGAAGGCUACCGAAUACUCGACGGCAGCAAAUCAGCUUCAAGGCGAAUCCCCCUCCAAACGUUUGCUGUUCGAUUAUCCGUCUCCAUAUUUAUAUGGUAAUUAUCAUCCGUCGCCGAGUGACGAUCUCGUCGCUUUAUGGUUUGGCAGUAACGGAACAGGUGGCGUUGCCCCUGGACCACCAGCAGCUGCCAUGAUCAUGGAAGGGCUUGAAACCUUGGUUGCACCACCGCAUCACACAUUCCUACUGACAGAAUCUGCAGCUGCGGCACACUUCAACGUGCUCAGCUUCGAUACCUGUGGGCUGUUCAAAACCGCAUCCACGACAACGUCGCUCGGGUUGAACAACAACAACUCGGCAACUCCGAACAACAACCACCAUCACCUUUAUCAUCCGUAUCACCAUCAGACCGCUAGCUAUCACUCCCAGACGCAGCUGACGGCCAUCCAUCCCACCCACCAGAGCGCCACCGCUCAGACUACUACCAGUAGUGUCGCCAGCAGUUCCACCCCAUCCUCCUCCUCAGUCUCAUCCUCUUCCUGCGCUUCCUCUUCGAUCACCACUCAAACAACUUCCACAGCCUCGACAACCACCUCCCACAACAAUAACCAUCCUCACCUCAGUCUCCUGAGCACCAGCAGCGGUCACCACAACAGCGGUUCCGACUCGAAUCUGCACCAAUCCUCGACGAUCGACGAUCAUUCCCAGUCGCAGGGUGACGCCCAGACCGGCGAUCUCAACACACCCGUUACGACCUCUGGAGACAUUCCGUCCUUCUUCGGACCGUCAACCGUCGUCGAACCGCCACCCAUCACAGGUUCAAUCGAAUCGGACGAUCUCUCGCUGGAACCGCAAACCGUGUCCAGCCCCUGCGUUAGCCUGUGCAGUCCCACCAAACAGGAGCGCAGCACCCCGCAAUCGAUCGUCAUCGAGGAAGAGGCUAGCAACACCAGCAGUAACGCCAUGUAUCCAUCAUCAUCGUCGCAUCACCCGGCUGCCAACUCCCACCACAGUAACAGCACAAGCCAAGAGAUGCAUCACCACGAUCACUCGACAGAGGCUGAAGAGAGCAAAAUCUCGUAUCGAGGCAUUUUUACGACUACGGCUGGAGCUAGCAUGGGCCUACAGACGGCUACCGGAUCUCAGCUAUCGAUCAUGUCCGGCCAGAUGUCACCCACGACCGGUUUGAGUGGUUGGGGUCUUCCUAGCCCGGACAAGAGCCUAUUCCAGCCUCCGAUGUUUGGACUGCUUGGCCCUGGACCCCAGAGUACCUCGCAAGCCCACUUUGCGGUAUCGCAGGCAUCGGCCGUAAACUCUGCUCAAACUCCCUCACCUGCUGGCCAUCACCAGCAAUUAUCUCAUCACUACGGCACCGACGAACGAACUCACCAAUCGGUUGAACUUCUAGGUCUCAGCAUGGACUGUCCCAGCAUAAUCCUGAAGCAACCCCCAAGCUAUGCCAGCUGCGUACCUUCGCUAGAUAUGCAAGCUCAACAACAGCAGGACAUGCAUCAAUACUCACGCAGUCAGAGCCUUGGCAUGGGACAAACUCCCAAAUACCAAUGGCUCGACUCACCCGUAGAAUACGGCAGUCCUCAGCACAGCCUCGUGAUCCCUGGACCGUCAUCAGCUUCAUCCGCAGCUAUCAUCCCUAAGCAGGAACCUUUCAGCACCGCGCAAAUCCCAGACCUUAGCCAGAUGACGCCUCAGCAACAGGCGCAAUACGCCGUUCAUCUAGCUGAGUACAAUCCUUCCACCAGCAAAGGUCACGAGAUCCUCAACCAGGUAUACCAGCAGAGUCCGAUGCCAAUCAAACUAGUCCCGGUUAAGCCUAGGAAGUACCCAAAUCGCCCGAGCAAGACUCCCGUUCACGAACGCCCGUACGCUUGUCCAGUGGAAAACUGCGAUCGAAGGUUUUCGCGAUCAGACGAACUCACCAGGCAUAUCAGAAUCCACACCGGCCAGAAACCGUUCCAGUGCCGCAUUUGCAUGCGAUCGUUCAGUCGAUCAGACCACCUCACCACUCACAUACGAACACACACCGGUGAGAAACCUUUCUCGUGCGACAUCUGCGGGCGCAAGUUCGCUCGAUCCGACGAGAAGAAACGUCACGCCAAGGUGCACCUGAAGCAGCGGAUAAAGAAAGAAAAGAACCGUGAUGGUGGCAGCAGUAACAGCAACAAUGCCGCAGCUAACAGUAGCACCAGCAGUAGUCAACAUCACCACCAGCAUCAGCAGCAACAACAGCAACAGCAUCACCACGUUUCGGCAGCUCAGCAACACCAUCAACAUCACCAUCAUCAUCCCGCAGGCCUUCACUCUCACCAUCUGCUGCACGAUGACAUCAGUGGUAUUCCCAUUGUGUCUUCAUCGAGUGCAACCAGCUUGUAGACCGAACUUCCGUCGAUCGAUGUUGUGCGUUUGAAUGACCCCCAGAUCAAGCUAGUUCAUGAUGAUCCGUUCAUGGGCUACAUCGAAACGGAUCACGAAAUGGAACCGGCCGCGACCACCGAAGAUCCUACCAGUUCCCGACCUCGACUGCCUAGCACCCUUCUGGCUGCCAGUGACGUAGUCGUCGUCGGUGAAGAAGAGGAUCCCUCUGCAACCGUAUCUGCUCCCAUCGACGAAGACGAAGAAGAGGUAGAUGUAGGCGAAAACAGUCGACCAAUUCCGGAGAGCAGCAACAACAAUACGAGCUCGUCUUCCGAACAGCCGAUUGUCAUUGUUCUACUGGUGGAGUAAGUGACUCUCACAACGGGAAGGACAUCUACCGCGAACAUUUACUUGUGCUCUACUUGUCAAUGUCAAUAAUAAACAGGUGCCAAAACCAAAUUGAAGCAGAAGCAAAAAUCACAUUCAAUACGCAAACGCAAUCGCUCGACAUAAAAUAGCAAAUUCAAAAAAAUAGUGAACAAAGCAAGGUAAACACACAUCCAAAUCAAAGCAAACCAAUUCUUUACGCUAAGGAGUUUGGCAGAUGAGAUAAAACCAUUUUCGAUCUGUCAAACUGUGUGGCGUAAAUUAUGCAUUCAAACAAAUAGAAAGAUGCAAAAAUAAACAAAAUUUCACACAGAAAGUAUCAUUUUGAAGCAACACUUUUCGAAUUUAAAACGUUUAGCACUUUUUUCAUCAAUACUUGUACACUUUUUCAAUAGCUCUCUAUUUACUUGUUUGCACAAAUACACGAAAAACAAACACCUCAAUACUCACACAAAUAAUCCUAAAAUUCUAACAGAUCACGUUUACCACAAAAAAUUGCACUUUGUUGUUAACUUCUCAAACCCCGAUUUAUCCAUGUUUACAAAAUGUCAGCCCUCACUCAAAACCAGAAGUAUGUGUGUUGUCCUACCUUUUGAUUCACGAUCAAAUUCCUUCCGAUCUGAUUAAACAAAAAAAGCUAAACAAACAGAAAUCUAGAUCAAGUUUGAUUGGAGAACUGUUAUUCUUUUUUAAAUUACAAAUUUAUCUCUAAACACUGUGAUCUCAAUUUAUAAGGUAAACAAACAAAAGUUAAAUGAAAAUGAAAAAGAAAGAUAGACUUUUAAUAGCGUGAAAAGAAGAAAAAGAAAAUAGAGAGAUGAAAAACAAAACGUAGAUGUACUGUAAAUGAAAACAUGAAAACAUGAAAAAUGAACUAAGAAUUAGUGGUGUGAAAUUAUCUUCAAUGACUAAACUCUAUUUAUAAACAAAAAAAACGCGAAUGUUGGAUACAAAAUGACAAACAUAUAAAAAGUAGGGAAGGAAAAAAAACGCCCACGUCAGAUUAAAAAAGAAGAACGUGACUUUUGAUUUUUGAAAAAAACCAAAAGUAACAACUGGAGUGAAAAUUGAGGAAAACUGAACCGUACUAGUAGACAUAGUUAAAAAAAAUAAUAAUAAAAUUGUGUGUGGGUAAAAUGCGCAAAGCGGAACUUAAAUUAAGUCGAAAAUUUUGUGAUUUUCCCUCCACCUUGCACAAACAAUGCUGCAAACGGUGCUAAACGCACACAUAAGAAGAAAAAAACAUAUAAACAAUACAGUGAAACACUAAGUACAGAAAAACCUAACAAAUAUCUAUAUUGGAAUGGAGUGCGUAGCUCAAAGAUGCAACGCUGAAUAGUAGGGAAGAACUAACUAAAAAACGAACGUACUAAAACACGAGGAUUAUUUCUUAAAAAGAAUAAAAACUUUUCUAAUAGGAACCUUUAAAAAAAACCACUAAAUCGUACUACACCGGGGUGAAAACGUUUUGCCGGUAGAAAACUAUAAGGAAUCCAAACAACAGACACAGUCGAACUCAAAAACACAAACACACAUUUACGAUUCAUGAGAACACGAAGAGCUGCGUAGAGUAGAAACAUUUAUGCGGGAGUGACAGAAAACCAACGACAAUCGAGCCCAGCAGUUUGUUUUUGUUUCGGUGCAUUUUUCACGCCACUCUGAUGUGACGAUUUGUUUCAGUUUCUGCGCGCCCACACCACUAGCGCCAUCGCUACAAAAGAUGGUUUAAACACACACACACAGAAAACAGUCAAACAAACACUACAGACGCAUCAAAAUGCGCUGCCAUGCUAAGAUAACGAUUACCCAUUGCUUCCGAUAUGCCAUAGUCGAUUUUUUUUGUAUUCUCAUCUUACUUUUACAUAGUAUAAAUUUUGUACAUUUUACAAUUCCCAUAUUUCUGCCAGUGCCAUUAGCAAAUUUUAUUUUAUUUUUGCCUUGUUGAAAAAAGCCUUCUCUCCAUCUGGAUUCUUGCCGUAAAAACAACAGAAACAGAUCUACAAUUGAGAUUCCACCGACUUAGAUAGAAUGGGAAGAGUAGAAGAGGCGAGAGAAUGGAUUGUCGAUAUAGGAUUCAGUAUAGAUACACGUUAAGUUUCAGUGAGCUAGUCUGAGUGCUUUUAGGUUAAGAGGCAAGUACUAAAAGGGGAAAGACAUCUCGACAUCGCCAUUGUUCAGAACAGAAGCUGCAUUAUAUUUUUUGUUUAAAUACAAACUACUGACCCGCCAAAAGUACUAAUUUCAACUCACAACUAAAAAGUGCAAGAAAUUCAAUUUUGCCAUAAAAAGUUUAAUAUAAAAGUUUAAAAUUAAACAAACAUUAAAAAAUAAGUAAAGAACUCACAGAACAAAAGAAAGCUUAACAAAAUAAACUUCACCCUUCUUUUCGCAGAGAGAACACACAGUAAAAAUACACAGUAAGGAACGAAAAAGGCUUUAAUUAAUUAACAUUAGUCAAGUAAGACGCGACCUAGCGAAUGUCUUUCGACAAAUGGCAUACGAAAGCAGAGUUAAAACACGGUUAUUAAAAAUAAUAAUGUUUUGCCAAAUAACACUCUCGAGUUUUGUUAUUGUACCCUAUAAGAUGUAUGUAUGUGUAUGAAAUCCUUUUGUUCCCCCAAAAAAAACAAAGUUGAGUUUGUUCCUCGGCCCGAUUUGCUUUCGUUUUAUAGUUUCUGUUAAAACUACUUUUAUUUUUGUAUACAAAGCUGUAUUUAUUUCUCGAAUUAUUAUAGUAAGAUGUGUAAUUUCUCUCCUAAGAGUAAGCAAACAAUUUCUCUAAUAAAACAAUAAAACAUACAUUCCAGAAGUACUUUAUGAAUUGUUUUUUUUUUUCUUUCUUUUUUUUCAUUUGUUAUUUUUGAUGUCUUUUCCACCAUCUUUGUUUGUUGUUUUUUUGUUGAGUGUUGUUUUCAGCUAUCCGAAAAAUGGUUAAUAUUUCAGGUAUAGUUUCUUUAAUUAAUUUUCUAAACAGGAGAUUAAAUUUUGAAUGAGCAGUAAUUCCGACUUCAGAAUUCAAUUUUUAAGUUCAGAUUGAAAGAUUCCGAGUUCUCAGUAAAAUUUCCUGGAAAAAAAAUUCCAAAAGGAUACGGAAUAAUACAUAUGAAGUUUCAUACAAAAUUAUAACUGUCCAAAAGUUUAAAUCAGAGUUUUAUUUUUUUUUCUUUCAAAUAUACACAUGAUAAAAAAAACAGUUUGAAGGGAAAAAAACUAAAACGUUGAACUCACAAAGUGGCUCACAGAAGAAUCAAGUUGAAGAAAGUAUUAACAAUACACUGGGAAAAAAGUGCAUCAUCAAAACUAAGGACCUGAUUAUACAGUUUCGAAAAGUGAUCCGAUCGCCGGUUUAAAAAAAAAUGGCUUCUGGAAAGAAACGGAAAUGUGACAUUUGCCUGUACUAUGAAAAAGUAGAUAGGUAAAAAUAAUAGAAUCAUUUUGAUUUCAAACAAAAAACCAUUGAAAUACACUGAGAACAAACAGUUGAAAAUCACUAAAAACACAGAUGCGAUAAACAGGUGGGAAGGCCUUAAAAAUAAGGACAUUCAGUGAAAUUUAGAAAUGCUCAUCUGCCAAAAAAAAACAAAAAAGCCACUGUGGCCACGUACGUUAGACGCUCGAUUAGAACUGUUCUCAUAAUCGGCCUAUAGAAAAGUAAUGCUACAAAAACAAAAUUUAAAAAAAGGAAAAAAUGAGAUUACAAAAUGUAUACAAAACUCACUUCUAAAAGUGUAUUAGAAUAGUGUACGGCGAGUAAAUUUUGUUCGGUAUGCUUCACAACGUUCUAAUUCGACCGAAUCGAAAUCAGUGGGUGCUUAAUGCAUACAGGUUAAUAUAGGAAAAAUCCUUCAAGGAAGCGAUUUUUAGGGUUAUACAUAGUUGAAGGCGGAAAUCUUCGAGAGGUAAUUCAGAGUGAUGUCAAUUUACAGGCAGUCGUUUUUUGUUGUUUUGAAUCUCUUGCGAAAUUCAUCACACUAGAAAGCACAAAAUGCAACGAAUCAGACCUUAUGCAUCAAAUGCUCACGAGUAGAGAAAAUUUCUCAUCCUAAACAUCUUGAAUAUCUAAAACUCUUUUUUUGCAUGUUACUCAACAAAUAAGAAAAAACCGAGCUGGAGGAACCUCAAAGUGGGUCCAGUUGACGGUACUUAUCAACUAGAACAUAAGAAUCAUCCUGUUGAAUGGUUAGAGAUCGAACAAGAUGAAAAUAAAUAUAUAUAUUUUAAAAUGUACUGUUACGAUAAGAUUACAUAAUUUAUUGCUUUAGAUAGAUACAAUUUUUUGAAUCAUACGAUGAAUCACAAACAUAACAAUAAUUUACAUUAGAUAGAUGCAACUCGAGGAAA